CAUUCCCAGCACAGGACACCAGCUAGCGACAUCGAUCAAACACAAAGAGCUCAUCAGAUCUUUCGAGUUCACCGGCCGUUGUCGAGAUGAAGCCCGCCGCGCAGCUGGUCACCGGCGUCCCCGUCGGUGGCCCCCCCGCCCCAGCCGCCUGGUCCUCCGGCCUCUUCGACUGCUUCGACGACUGCGGCCUCUGUUGCCUGACUUGCUGGUGCCCGUGCAUCACGUUCGGGAAGGUGGCGGAGAUAGUGGACAGGGGCUCGACGUCGUGCGGCACCAGCGGGGCGCUCUACGCGCUCCUGUGCUCGCUCACGGGGUGCCACUGGAUCUACUCCUGCACCUAUAGGUCCAAGAUGCGCGCCCAGUACGCGCUCCCGGACGAGCCCUGCUGCGACUGCUGCGUCCACUUCUGCUGCGAGCCCUGCGGCCUCAUCCAGCAGUACAAGGAGCUCAAGGCCCGUGGCUACGACCCCGACAUCGGCUGGCACCUCAACGUGGAGCGCGGCAACGGCGGCGCCGGUGCUGGCGGCGUCAACCCGCCCGGCAUGCAGGAGAUGGGCCGCUAGAUCGUCCAACUCUGCCGUACGUGUGAAUGGAGGAUCGGUCGAGCAAGUUUUCGUCGUACUUGGUAUUAUUGCAUAGUAUAGUACGUACUAGCUUUGUUAAGUUCUGCACGUGGAGGAGUGUUGUAUAUGGUGGCGUGAUGAGUGGCUGUCAGGAGUGGGAGGAGGAGCAAGGGGAAACGAGUAUGCCGCAAUGUAUUUUGUUCAUUGUAGUGUAUAUUUGUAUUCUGUUCAUUGUAUUGUGUAUUGUAUAUUUGUACAAACAAAUCGAGCAAAGGACAAGAUCUCUCCUCUUAU